AUGUCAUUACCUCGGAUCGUCUCUCAAGUGGUCAUUCUAGGUUCUCAAAUUCUCGGAAAGGCAUUUGUAGAAGCCUAUAAGCAAGCAGCUCGAAAUGCCCGUUCGGGCACAGCGAGCUCGGUAGGAGGUGCAGAAGGAGCUGGUGCGAAUUCAUUUCAGGGUGUCGAUUCAAGUAGCUCACUUAUCACUCGAAAACAUCGGAUGUCAGUUGAUGAAGCAUGUCAAAUUUUAAAUGUCAAAAGUGUACCCUUUCAAAGUGGACCUACAGAUCCAGUGGUGUCUGAGGAGUUGGUCAAUAUGUUAAAGGCUUAUGAAAGGCUUCACAAAGCCAACGAAAACACAAGCAUAUAUAUCCUCAGUAAAGUCGUUAGGGCAAAAGAUAGGAUCUCUGCAGAAGUUGAAUUAGCUUCACAGAAAUAA